CCAACUUAUGCUUCACGGUCAUCCUAGAAAUUGUUUGGACUUACUUCGUAUGGAAUGACAUACAUAUAUGAGACUGUGUAACAUUCUAAGGGAUAGAAAUUUGUUGGAGGAUGCUCGUGACAUUACCGUAGAAGAACAAGUAGCUAUAUUGCUUUUGACAAUUGGACAUAAUGAACGGAAUCGUGCUGUUCAAAAUACGUUUCAACAUUCCGGACAAACAAUAAGUAAAUAUGUCAGCCUAGUGCUACGAGCGAUAUGUAUACUGGGUAAGGAUUACGUUCGGCGGCCCAAUGAUGAGAUGAUGCCAGCACAUAUUCGACAUUCUAAACGAUUCUUUCCAUAUUUUGAGAAUUGUUUAGGAGCAAUCGAUGGCACACAUAUACCUGCAUGGGUCCCAGCUUCAGAUCAAGCAAGGUUUCGCAAUAGAAAAGGUUUCGUUUCUCAAAACGUCAUGGCUGUAGUCGGAUUAGAUACUAGAUUCCACUACGUUUUGGCUGGAUGGGAAGGAAGUGCAACAGACUCAAGAGUAUUGUACAAUGCACUAGAUCAUGAAACAGACCCAUUUGUUGUCCCAGAAGGAAAAUUUUAUCUGGCUGAUGGGGGGUAUCCAAACAUUGUCGGCUUGCUUACACCUUAUCGAGGACAUCGUUAUCAUAUGUCUGAGUUUAACACUCGGGGAGCACGCUCACCUAGAACAGAAGAAGAAUUAUUCAAUCAUAGGCAUUCAUCACUUCGAAAUACAGUAGAAAGAACUUUUGGCAUGUUGAAAGGUCGUUUUCCAAUAUUGAAAAUGCAAGUUCAGUAUCCAUUCCAAAAACAAGCUCAAAUCGUUCUAGCUACAUGUGUAUUACACAACUUCAUAAUUGAACACAAUCCAAAUGCCGAGCAAUUUGAUGAUGAAGAUGCACCUUCGACUGAUAACUUCGUCUUAAGCGAACCUGAAAUUGCAAGCCAAACACAUCAGCGAGGAAGCAACAAUGCUUUGAGAGCAGCUAUAUCAUCUCAAAUGUUUACAGAUUAUCAAUUGAAUAGACAACGAAGAUGAUGCCCCGCCGAAAGUACUAUGUGGUUUUCGAAGGGUGUGAGCGAGGCAUAUAUGAUAGCUGGGAGCGGUGCCAACCAUUAGUCUAUCGGUACAAGGGUGCCAUCUUCAGAUCGUUUGAUUCCUUAGAAGUAGCAGAAAAUCACAUGUAUGAGUAUCUCCAGAACAAGUAUGGUGUGCAAGUACGCAGGUCUCCACUCAUUGAAGAUGUCAUUGCAAAGCAUGAUAUAGAAGACACGAAGAUUGAAAAACGGAAGUGCAACCACAAAUGUUGGAUUACUUGUUUUGUGAUUAUAUGUUUUCUUUGUUGGAUAUGUACUCAUUAAACUUUUUUUUUUUCUUAGUAGAAAAUACACUCUCUUGUGGAUUCGUACUCAUGUAACUUUUGUGGAGAUGUACUUUAAUGGAUAA